CUCUUUGUUUGAGUACUCUGAUGUAGAAUGUAGAGUAUGUUGGCGCGGCGGAAAUCUCUUCCCGCAAUACCCGCACGCAGGGGUCUUGGGGCUGUGGGGCGAUGCGCGAUAUUUUCCACAUUCUAGACGCUCUCGAACUUUCUGAGCGGCCACUCGUUAUCAUUGACGCACCGAAGGGCAUUAGAUUGAGGCAGCUCAUAUAAAUGAAGGUUGAGUGGACAGGGUGAGGUUGUUGAACUAUGCAUGACCACCCUAGCAGACAGCCGCUACGCUUGCUGAGUGGUAUUCAGUACAGCAUGGACUCUGCAGGUAUGUCUUCGAUGGCACACUGUAUUUAUCAAAGCUCGGAUGACGACAGUCGUCCCUCAAGCACAGUCUCCGACACAAACUCACGAAUAUCUUCACCAGAGACACCGUCGCAUCAAAAAUCUGCAGACCCUGUAUUGCUACACUACAACAAAUUAACAGGCCUCGACAGCUCACCCACCUCCAGACCAUGCACACACUCGACGGACCGCCCGAAUCCGAGAGUAAGCCGCCCGAUCACAGGCUCUUCUUCGCAUAACCCAUCAGCCGCAACGGCGCGAGAACUCAAGAGAAGCUUCCGAGCAUUGUCCUGUCACCAUCAGAAACUGCAGCAAAAACACGCGGAGUUGAUGAAGAGGUGCCAAGAGAAAGACCAUCAGAUAGCAUGUCUCAAUGCGCAGAUCGGUGUGCUGGAAAGCGAAUUGUAUCUGACGCGGCUCGCAUACAGCGAUGAUGCCUUUGAUCCGCUCCAGACCUCGUUGAAUCAGUAUGAUAUCCGGCCAACAGGGGAUGCGGCUGGCAGAGAACAGUCUUCCUGCGACGUUGCCAUGACUACGCCCUAAUCAUGAUGGGCCUUGGGACUUUGAAUGCCUCGGCUGCUGUCGGGUUUGCCAUUUGCUGGACCGAGAGCGCCGAGCCAAUCCCGAGCAUAUUCCGAGUUGUAUCGUCCAAGAUGCAUCUACGUGGAUUAAGGUGAAAGUUCGGACUUGCAACUGAGCUCUUAACCUGAAACAGGGUUCGGGCUAGUCUGUAGCGCUAGCGACAGAUUGCCUGAGUGGGGCUAUCUUUUCCUGCCCUCAAG